AUGGCUGAGGCCGCCCAGCCCAGUGGGGAAUCCCAAGGGGCAGAAGUUACGAUCCAGAUCCAGCAGCCAACAGAGCGAGCCCAGAGGACACCGGUCAGACGGGGCCCGCGCUCCGUGCUCAGAGUGUCCCAGCUGCUGCUCAGGGCCAUCGCGGGCCACCCGCGGCUGACACUGGCGGCGCUCAAGAAGGAGCUGGGAAACGCCGGCUACGAAGUGCGCCGGAAGAUCAGCCGCCACGUCGGGGAAUCCACCAGGUCCGAGAAGGGCACACUCCUUCGGGUCAGUGGCAGCGACGCCGCAGGCUACUUCAGGGUCUGGAGAGCCCCAAAGCCGAGGAGAAAGGGGGGACGGUCCCGGCUGACGCUGGGCCACCGCUCCUCAAGGAGGACCCUGCCCAGAUCCCCCAGACCGCGCAGGCCCCGCUCGCGGCGCAAGGCAGCCAAGAAGGCCCGAGAAGUCUGGAGACGCAAGGCUAAGGUUUCCAAGGCAAAGCCCAGGGGGACCAGAUCAACGGCCAGGUCAAGAGUCAGGUCAAGGACCAGGUCAAGGACCAGGUCAAGGGCCAGGUCAGUGGCCAGGUCUAGAGCCACAGACCAGGUGUGUGCCAGGGCCAAGGAACAGGCUUGUGCCAGAGCUAGGGAACAGGCUCGUGCCAGGAGCAGGGCACAGGACUGUGCCAAGGCCAAGGAGGAGGAGUACGCCAAGGCCAGGGAACAGGCGUGUACAGGAGCCAGGGAGGAAGCCAGGGUCAGGGCAAUGGACAAUAUCAAAGUAAGGCCUUCAGGGGAAGACGGCAAGCCUCAACCUAAAGAUGAGAGGAGGCCAAGCUCGAAAUCCAGGGACGAGAAGAGGCAGGAAGCCGAGAAGCUGGUAAAACGAACCACGCAGAAGCCAGCUGUGGCCAAAGCCGACAGUGCUGCUUCCAGCGGACACGGAAAAGCACGCACAAAGUCUUCUACCAAAAGUGAAGGUCCUGGGUGCUCAGGGAAUUCUUAA